CGCAACUUGCCAAUAGCGGUAUAUCUGCCGCAUAUUGACAAUUAUAAACCAAUCAGAUCAAAUAUCUGGUACUCGGCUUGUUAUUGUUCAUGCUUUAUCAAGCUAUUAAUGGGACCCUCUCGAUUACCACCAACAUAGACAGUCACCAAAACAACGUAGCUAGUCAAAUGGAAGCUCGCAGAUUGUAAAUCUUAUCCAGAACCAGGAACCAGGCAACUAGGUAUUGGAAAGGAAGAAGCCAGGGCAAACUCUGGCCUUUCAUAUGAUGCCCUAGUUUAGCACGCUCGAUAUCCAUCUCCUUAGAAGUAACUUUCGAACCAAAUCCUCUAUCAAUUGAGCCCGUGUCAAAAUAUGUUUCAACUCGAGAGCAUGACUGCAUUAUCAAAAUUCAGCUGUUGAGGCUUGCUAGUGCCGUAUUUGUCAUACUUUUCACUACGUUUUUGAUAAAACUUUAUCGUGCGCGAAGCUUCAUCCGAGGACUUCAAAAGCAAGGUCUUGUACGUUUUUAACUUCCAUAGUUAAUGAACCAAGGACAUCUUUAAUCUGAAUGUUAGCUAAUAUAUCCUAAAGCCCAUGCCCCCGCAUUACUGGUCACUUGGACAUAUACCUCUCAGUGCAAGCAUUAUUGGCAACCUUCCUCCACACACCCAUGGCGUCUAUGUUGGAGAUCAAAUUCGGCAAAGGUAUCCUCAUCUCGAUAGCGCCUUUUACCUGGACAAUUGGCCCCUCGCUUCUCCAAUUCUCGUCGUGCUCAAGCCGGAUAUGAUGUACCAAUUGACUCAAGCAAACCAAAUAUCAAAAGACAAAGGCAUUCGUGCUUUUCUGAGGCCUUUGACCGGCAAGUCUGAUUUAGUUACAUUGGAAGGCGAUACCUGGGAAUAUUGGAGAGCCAUAUUCAAUCCUAGAUUUAGUGCUAGUCAUGUGUCAACUCUAGUUCCUAGAAUAAUUGAAGAGACUAACAUAUUCAAAGGUCUGCUAAGAAAGCAUGCUGAGGAUGGCCAAAUGGUUUAUCUUGAGGAACCUAGUUUAAAUCUCACAAUCAAUAUUAUUGGUGGAGUUGCAAUGUAAGCUAACACUGCUUUCUUUCUGAUAAUUGACAAAAUGCUAAUGAUCUUCACUAUGGAUCAUAGCUUCCACAUUCAAACAACUUACAACGACAUGACAGCAGCCUUGCGAAGGCAACUACUGUGGUGCACAACAGGCAUGAACAUUGAGCUCUUGGAGUAUGUAAAUAUUUUCCGUCCAUUUGUUCACGCAUACAAUACAUACCGAAUGAACAGUUAUUUUUCACGGGAACUCAACAAACGUUACCGAAGUAUUAAAGGCAGCGAGAUCAAGAAAAAGGACAAAUCAGUUGUAGAUCUAGCUUUGAAAGCGUAUCUUGCGGAAAAACCUUCUGCAACCGGCAUUCAUAAAAGUUUUCAAGAUUUUGCCAUGGCGCAAAAUAAAAUUAUUCAUUUUUGCCGGCCAUGACACUACCUGUGCUAGUGCCAUUUUUACCUAUAAUCUGCUCUUCCAACAUCCGGAGAUACUGGCAACGGUUCGGGCUGAGCAUACUGAGGUACUGGGUACCAACAUUGACGAUGCUGAAGCUGUUAUUGCUUCUAACCCACAUCUCUUGAAUCAACUUACCUAUACUAUUGUCGUCAUUAAGGAGAGUCUCCGCAUAUACCCAACAGUGGCCGCCCUCCGCGAUGGCCAGCCAGACUUCCAUUUAGUUGGAGACAACGGUCUCCGUUUACCAACUAACGGUGCAAUAGUCUGGGUGAUCAUUAUGCUACUCACCACAAUCCUGCACACUGGCCUCGACCCGAAGAAUUUCUUCCAGAACGAUGGAUAGUACCAGAAGGCCACGAGCCUCUACCCUCAGAAGAAUGGAUGGUGGCCAUUUGAGCGCGGUCCUUGAAACUGUAUUGGUCAGGAAGUAGCCAUGACAGAAAUUAAACUUAUGCUCGUGUUGACGAUUCGAGAGUUUGAUUUCAAGGAUGCUUAUGAGGAGUACGAUGUCAUGAAGAACAAUCCAAGAGGGUUGAAUGUUAAUGGGCAAAGAGCAUAUAUGAUGCGUCGAGGAGGAGGGCACCCAGCAGACCAUUAUCCAUGUAAAGUAGCUUUUGCAAGGCAAAGGAGUUCUGUGAAGAGGGAGAAAAUCCAUUCAAAAAUAUCCUUUGAUUCAAUGCUGAACAAUCUUGUAUGCGAGGCAAGUACGACCCGAUCCG